AUGGCCAACAAAGAGAUUCAAACUUCAUUAUCCCGCAAUAGCAUCCUGCAAUCAUCGCAUGGUUCCACCAGCUUGCAGACUAUGCUUGACGAUGGCGACAGAUACGAUGUUGUCGAUGUGUUAGAAAGCAAUGGGGGUUCCGGAGAAAAGAAAUCCGGUCAGCCUCAACACGAGUCAGACAUACUGGUAGCCUGGGACGGGCCAGAUGAUCCGGAGAUGCCCAAGAAUUUCCCUACAUGGAGGAAGUGGGUGAUCACCAUAAUGCUAUCAUUAAUGACAGUCUGCGUCACCUUUGCAUCUUCAGUUUUCAGCACAGCAACAAAACAGACAGCGAAAGAGUUCAACGUCUCCCCAGAAGUCAUGAUAUUAGGUGUCAGUUUGUUCGUGCUCGGUUUCGCCUUUGGUCCUAUUAUAUUUGGUCCACUGUCUGAGCUAUACGGCCGGAAGCGACCGAUGUUCCUGGGGAUGUUUGUUUUCGCAAUCUUCCAGAUCCCCGUCGCGGUGGCCCAGAACUUACAGACUAUCUUCAUCUGUCGUUUCCUGGGCGGAGUCUUUGCCAGCGCACCUCUUGCCAUUGUAUCCGGUAUCUUGGCCGAUAUGUUCGGACCCGUAGAUCGAGGAAUUGCAAUGGCCAUCUUCGCCGCGGCAACCUUCAUCGGCCCCGUCGCUGGGCCAGUCGUUGGCGGAUUCGUGACAAUCUCCUACCUAGGCUGGCGCUGGACGGAGUACAUUACAGCGAUUUGGGCAUUUGCUAUCUCGGCCAUUGGGAUCUUAGUAAUCCCCGAAACGUUCGAGGGGACCUUGCUCAAGAAACGUGCUCGGCGAUUGCGCACCGAGACUAAGAAUUGGGCUCUGCAUGCAAAAGCAGAAGAGAAGGUGGUGAGGCCUCGAGAUAUUGCGGUACGAUACCUGCUGCGUCCUUUUCAAAUGCUCGUGCAGGAACCCAUUCUCCUGCUUAUCACCUUGUACGUGGGUUUUAUCUAUGGGUUUCUGUACAUUUGUUUCGUCGCCUACCCGAUCUCUUUCCAAGAAGAACGUGGGUGGAAUGAUGGUGUUGGGGCAUUGCCAUUUGUCGCCGUCAUUUGUGGAGUCUUUUGCGCUUGUUUGAUUAUCAUUGCCUUUUCAUUGACGCGGUAUCGAUCGUUCGUAGAACGCAAUGGUCGCGUUCAACCAGAGGAGCGGUUGAUUCCUAUGAUGAUCGGAGGCAUUUUGUUGCCCGCGGGCAUGUUUUGGUUUGGCUGGACGUCAAAUUCCCAUAUCACCUGGGUUCCACAGGCUGUAUCUGGUGGAAUAUUAGGUUGUGGGGUGCUGUUGAUCUUCUUGCAGGGAAUUAACUAUAUCGUUGAUGUGUACCCCAUGUAUGCCAAUUCUGCCAUGGCAGCAAACUCCCUCUUCCGUUCAUGGCUGGCUGCUGGAUUUCCGAUGUUCGCAUCGCCAAUGUUUCACAACCUGGGCGUUCCUUGGGCGAUGACUUUGCUGGGUUGUCUUACUGUCGCGUUGUUCCCUGUACCGAUCGUAUUCUUCAUAUAUGGACCGAAGAUACGCUCAUGGAGUAGGUUUAGUGUGAAAGAAGACUGA